UCAGCAUCAGUUGUCAGUGUUGAUUGUCAAUAAGUUGAAAAUUAUGAAAAAAACCUCCAAUGGAAAGGAAUACUUUUGGUGAAAGUUGUUCUGUAGAAAAUGAUCAAUCUUCACACAUUUCCCUGACCGCAAAACAAGGUUUUAUGGAUAUUACUACACCAUUAGAGAUCAGUGCUAUCGAAGUUGAGAGUUGGAGUGACUUAGAGGAAAAAAUAUUGAACAUAUUCAACAACAAAGUGAGAAAUGAGGACAAGCAACUAUUCGUCCUGUAUCAGAACAAGUUGUUCUCAACAACUCCCUCCUCAUCCUCCAACAGUCUUUAUGAAGAGAGUGAAGAAGACGAUAACAUGUACGAAGAAAUUGUUCAAACCUUUAACCUUGCUACCCAACAGGAGGCAGAAGUUGUGAUGCUUCCUGACCAGAAAACUUGGAAAAGGAUGUGGAAAUACUUGAAGAAAGUAUUGAAAAUAAGAAAAAGAAAUAGGAAUGGUUGUUCAUGAUAAAUUAGGUUCUAUGUUUUAUGUGAAGGACUCGAAAUACAUGUUGGUUUCAACAACUCGUGCGAGUAUGUUAUCUGAGAAGAUUUGUAACUUGGGUCAUUCUAGGAUCGCAUAUUAAUCGUGGGCCAUGUAUUACGGAGUUUUUCGUUUACGAAUAAAUGAGAAAUCUUGAGUGUUA